UUCUCGCCGCGAUUCACAUCGCGCCCGCUUCUUCCCUGUCUCGUAUGCAUGCCUAUCCCGGGAAUGGUGUAGUCAGCCCGUAUCUGAAUUAUUUAUAGACCCGUGCCAGCUAUUUUUUUUUUUUUUUUUAAAUAUAUAUAUAUUUUUUUUUAAAUUCUGCUUGUGUGCACUGUUGGGAAAUGCGUUUUGCCUCCCUUUCUUCUCAAUAUAUUAAUGUCUUUGUUGGGGAGCGGUUUUUAUUCCCUGCAGACCCCUCUAAUACAAAAUUGAUGCUUAUUUUUCCCUUCAGGAAGGGGACGCUUUGAGGAUAAUCAUGCUUCACAGAAGAACGGCACCGACCUCCAGUUGCUUUAAACACAACCUCCUACACUAGGGUUCCAGGAAAAAAAAAAAAUAUUAUAAGAAUAAUCAUUAAAAAGGCGAAAGGAAUGCUUACUCUGGAACCUGCAUUUGACGAUCCUCCCCACUUGUGCUGAAUAUCCUCUGAAGUGAUUCUCUCCGGCUUUUGAAAUUGCACCGCUUCAAGACGCAAGAUUGCCACAAAGAAUCCUCUAUUUUUUUUACAGCCUAAUAGGAUUUUCUUUUUAACUCAUUCCCCAACGUUUGCCUCCCCGACCCUUAUUCUUCUUAUGUGGAUAUGCAAGCGAGAAGAGACUGGACAUUCCCAACAUGCUCUCUCCCUUGAUCUGUCCGUCUAGAGGUUCUGCUUCUACAAACCAAGCUAAAGCCAGGGACCAGUGGGCUGUGGUUCAGCCCUGUGGCCUGGACCUGGCCUGCAGAAGUGUGAAAGCUGCUAUGAGAAGGAGAAACAAGGAAACCUAAAAGUGAGCAUAGUCCCAGGAAGUUCCAGGGAGUGUAAGAGCCGAAGAUGAGGCCCAGGGUGGAGUGCUACUCUCCAGGGUUUUGGCUGGUGCUGGCAGUCCUCGCGACAACAGGGAGCGGGGCCCAUGCCCAGAAAAGCCACCCAAGCAUUGGCAUUGCGGUCAUCCUGGUGGGGACCUCAGACGAAGUGGCCAUCAAAGAUGCCCACGAGAAAGAUGACUUCCACCACCUCUCAGUGGUGCCUCGGGUGGAACUGGUGGCCAUGAAUGAGACAGAUCCCAAGAGCAUCAUAACCCGCAUCUGUGACCUCAUGUCAGACCGGAAGAUUCAAGGGGUAGUAUUCGCUGAUGACACAGAUCAGGAAGCCAUUGCCCAGAUCCUGGACUUCAUCUCUGCCCAGACUCUCACUCCCAUUCUGGGCAUCCAUGGAGGCUCCUCUAUGAUCAUGGCAGAUAAGGAUGAGUCAUCCAUGUUCUUCCAGUUUGGUCCAUCAAUAGAACAGCAAGCCUCUGUCAUGCUCAACAUCAUGGAAGAAUAUGACUGGUACAUCUUCUCCAUUGUCACUACUUACUUCCCUGGUUAUCAGGACUUUGUGAACAAGAUCCGCAGUACCAUUGAGCACAGCUUUGUGGGUUGGGAAUUGGAGGAGGUCCUCCUGUUGGACAUGUCCCUGGAUGAUGGGGACUCAAAGAUCCAGAACCAGCUCAAGAAGCUCCAAAGCCCAGUUAUCCUUCUCUACUGCACAAAGGAAGAGGCCACCUACAUUUUUGAGGUGGCCAACUCUGUGGGUCUGACAGGCUAUGGUUACACGUGGAUCGUGCCCAGCCUGGUGGCAGGGGAUACAGACACAGUGCCAUCUGAGUUCCCCACUGGGCUCAUCUCUGUCUCAUAUGAUGAAUGGGACUAUGGUCUUCCUGCCAGAGUGAGGGAUGGAAUAGCCAUAAUCACCACGGCUGCUUCUGAUAUGCUAUCUGAACACAGCUUCAUCCCUGAGCCCAAGAGCAGCUGUUACAACACCCAGGAGAAAAGGAUUUACCAGUCCAACAUGCUCAACAGGUACCUGAUCAAUGUCACCUUUGAAGGCAGGAAUUUGUCAUUCAGUGAGGACGGGUACCAGAUGCAUCCCAAGCUGGUGAUCAUCCUUCUGACAAAGGAGAGGAAGUGGGAGAGGGUGGGGAAAUGGAAGGAAAAAAAGUUGCAGAUGAAGUAUUACGUGUGGCCCCGCUUUGAGCUGUAUCCUGAUUCUGAGGAACGUGAGGAUGAUCACCUGAGUAUUGUGACCUUGGAAGAGGCACCGUUUGUCAUUGUGGAGAACGUGGACCCCCUAAGUGGCACCUGCAUGAGGAACACGGUCCCUUGCCAAAAACGCAUAGUGACUGAGAACAAAACCGAUGAGGAGCCAGAUUACAUGAAGAAAUGUUGCAAAGGGUUCUGCAUUGACAUCCUCAAGAAAAUCUCAAAGUCUGUCAAGUUCACCUAUGACCUCUACUUGGUGACUAAUGGCAAGCAUGGGAAAAAGAUCAAUGGAACGUGGAAUGGAAUGAUUGGAGAGGUUGUCACCAAACGGGCCUAUAUGGCUGUGGGAUCCCUCACCAUUAAUGAGGAGCGUUCGGAAGUGGUGGAUUUCUCUGUGCCCUUCAUUGAGACAGGAAUCAGCGUCAUGGUGUCACGUAGCAAUGGAACUGUCUCACCUUCUGCCUUCUUAGAGCCUUUCAGUGCUGACGUAUGGGUGAUGAUGUUUGUGAUGCUGCUUAUCAUCUCUGCGGUGGCUGUCUUCGUCUUUGAGUACUUCAGCCCUGUGGGCUAUAAUCGGUGCCUUGCUGAUGGCAGAGAGCCAGGAGGUCCUUCUUUCACCAUUGGCAAAGCUAUCUGGCUGCUGUGGGGGCUGGUGUUCAACAAUUCUGUGCCAGUGCAGAAUCCCAAGGGUACCACUAGCAAGAUCAUGGUGUCAGUGUGGGCCUUCUUCGCUGUCAUCUUUCUGGCCAGCUACACUGCCAACCUGGCUGCCUUCAUGAUCCAAGAGGAAUACGUGGACCAGGUGUCUGGCUUGAGCGACAAAAAGUUCCAGAAACCCAAUGACUUCUCACCCCCUUUCCGCUUCGGGACAGUUCCCAAUGGCAGCACAGAAAGGAACAUUCGCAACAACUACCCUGAAAUGCACAGCUACAUGGUGAAGUUCAAUCAGAGGGGGGUGGACGAUGCGCUAUUCUCACUGAAGACUGGGAAGUUGGACGCUUUCAUUUAUGACGCAGCAGUACUAAACUACAUGGCUGGCAGAGAUGAAGGCUGCAAGCUGGUGACGAUUGGGAGUGGGAAAGUGUUUGCCUCCACUGGCUAUGGCAUUGCCAUCCAAAAGGACUCAGGCUGGAAGCGCCAGGUUGAUCUUGCCAUUUUACAGCUUUUUGGAGAUGGGGAGAUGGAGGAGCUGGAAGCACUGUGGCUCACUGGCAUUUGUCACAAUGAGAAGAACGAGGUUAUGAGCAGCCAGCUGGAUAUAGAUAACAUGGCAGGUGUCUUCUACAUGCUGGGAGCAGCCAUGGCCCUCAGUCUCAUCACCUUCAUCUGUGAACAUCUCUUCUACUGGCAAUUCCGCCACUGCUUCAUGGGUGUCUGCUCUGGCAAGCCCGGCGUGGUCUUCUCCAUCAGCAGGGGUAUCUACAGCUGCAUCCAUGGCGUGGCCAUUGAGGAACGCCAGUCAGCAAUGAACUCCCCCACAGCGACUAUGAAUAACACCCAUUCCAACAUCCUCCGCCUGCUUCGGACAGCCAAGAACAUGGCCAACCUGUCAGGGGUCAAUGGCUCACCACAGAGUGCCCUGGACUUUAUCCGCCGUGAGUCGUCGGUCUAUGAUAUCUCUGAGCACCGCCGCAGCUUCACCCACUCGGACUGCAAGUCUUACAACAACCCCCCCUGCGAGGAGAACCUCUUUAGUGACUAUAUUAGUGAGGUGGAAAGGACCUUUGGCAAUCUCCAGCUGAAGGACAGCAAUGUGUAUCAGGACCAUUACCACCACCACCACCGCCCCCACAGCAUUGGCAGUACCAGCUCCAUUGACGGGCUCUAUGACUGUGACAACCCACCCUUCAAUGCCCAGUCACGGUCCAUUGGGAAGAAGCCCUUGGACCUGGGGUUACCCCCUGCCAAGCACAGCCAGCUGGGCGACCUUUAUGGCAAAUUCUCCUUCAAGAGUGACCGCUACGGGGGCAGCGGGGCCCACGACGACCUGAUCCGCUCGGACGUCUCUGACAUUUCCACUCACACGGUCACCUACGGCAACAUUGAGGGCAACGCAGCCAAGCGGCGGAAGCAGCAGUACAAGGACAGCCUGAAGAAGCGCCCGGCCUCUGCCAAGUCCCGGCGGGAGUUUGAUGAGAUAGAGCUGGCCUACCGCCGGCGCCCACCCCGCUCACCUGACCACAAGCGCUACUUCAGGGACAAGGAAGGGCUACGAGACUUCUACCUGGACCAGUUUCGAGCCAAGGAGAACUCGCCACACUGGGAACAUGUGGACCUAACGGAUAUCUACAAAGAGCGGGGAGAUGAGUUUAAGCGCGACACAGGAGGAGGAGGGGGCGGGUCCUGCACCAACAGGGCCCACCACAAGCAUGGCUCAGGCGAGUUUGGAGGAAGCAAUGAGCACAAGCAUGGAGGAGUCGUGAGUGGGGUCCCAGCACCGUGGGAGAAGAACCUGACCAACCUAGAGUGGGAGGAUCGCUCCGGGGCUAAUUUCUGCCGCGGUUGCCCUUCUAAGGUGCACAACUACACGCCAUCAGUGGUGGGGCAGAACUCCACCCGCCAGGCUUGCAUCCGCUGCGAGGCCUGCAAGAAAGCGGGCAACCUGUAUGACAUCAGUGAGGACAACUCGCUCCAAGAGCUGGACCAGCCACCUGCCCCCGUGCCCGUGGCCACCAGUGCCACCUCCUCCUCCAAAUAUCCUCAGAGCCCUUCCAAUUCUGCCUCCAAGGUGCAGAAGAAGAACCGCAACAAGCUCCGUCGGCAGCACUCCUAUGACACCUUUGUGGACCUGCAGAAGGAUGACUCAGCCCUGGCCCCCCGAAGCGUCAGCCUCAAGGACAAGGGCCGCUUUUUGGAGGGGAGCCCCUACGCUCACAUGUUUGAGAUGCCAGCCAGUGAGACCACCUUUGCCAACAACAAGUCCUCAGUGCCCGCCACCAGCUACCACCACCACAACAACCCCGGCAGCAGCGGGGGCUACAUGCUCAGCAAGUCGCUCUACCCCGACCGGGUCACCCAAAACCCUUUCAUCCCCACUUUUGGGGAUGACCAAUGCUUGCUCCACGGCAGCAAAUCUUAUUUCUUCAGGCAGCCUGUGGUGGCAGGAGGGCCCAAAGUCAGGCCAGACUUCCGAGCCAUUGUCACCACCAACAAGCCGGUGGUCUCAGCCCUUCAUGGGGCUGUGCCAGCCCGUUUCCAGAAGGACAUCUGUAUAGGGAACCAGUCCAACCCCUGUGUGCCUAACAACAAAAACCCCAGGGCUUUCAAUGGCUCCAGCAACGGGCAUGUUUAUGAGAAACUCUCCAGUAUUGAGUCUGACGUUUGAGUGAGAGGGGAAGAGCGCGGGGAGGGACUGGGGGUGUAUGUGGAGCAUGGGAGGGUGGGGUGGGAUCAAUCCCAUCAGCUACUCUUCUAGGUCAUUCUUAGUUUGUGGGAUACUGGAGUUCUGAGUAGUGCAGCACUGGUGACAAGUGCCACCUCUUUGGUUUCCCCACUUCCUCCUCCUCUUUCCCACCCCUUCCCUUUUAUCUCUUUUUCCAUGUUCUUGCUCCUCCCAUUCUCCUCCAUUCCUGGCCAUUGCACUUUACAGUGACGUUGAAGUUGGAUAUCCUUGCUCGUGAUUUCAGGAAGUGGAGAAAAAGGCAGGGAAGGGGUGGGCUGAGGGGGAGUGGCAGUGACUCUAGCAUUUUAGUUUUGCUGGCUCCCGGCAGAGAAAGACAUGUGCACACAAACAUGUGUGUGUGGCAGGAGGAGACAGCAGAAGCAGUGUAAUGGAAACGCAGGAAAACACGCUUGCCCAGGCAACUCUUCCUUAAACUGCCUAGAAGACAGUAGUGUUUGAAGACGUGGAGAAAGUGAAGGGGGAAUAACAUGACUAACUUGAUGAUGCACUUAUAUGUUAGCUAUACUGAGGUUCUCAUUACAUUAUUUUGUGAAGACUAUGGGGGUUUAGGGCUGAAAUAUAUAUAUAUUUGCGUAUAUGCUGAGAAAUUUUAUGCUAAAAAUUUGAAUUGUCUUCUGGGGGGUGUGGGGGGAGGGAGAGAAGGCUCGUCUGCAGGUCUGGCUAGUGGUUUCACUAUGGCUAUUAGAGCCAUUGAAUCUCUGGCAGACCAGUGGGAGAGAUGGAAAGGACGUGGGGUCUGAGUUUGGGAAAGUAAUCCUGGAGUCAGGGAGGCUGCUGGGAUCUCUGGCAGAGGAUGCUGGUUUGCACUGAAAUGAGAGGAGUUUGGGGAAAGGGGCACAGGGUUGGUUCAUUAGCUGUGAGUUGCUCACUAUUUGUGACAUACUUCAAGGGUGGGAGCAGUGUAUAGUGUGGGUUAGCCUAUACGUGAGUAUAUACAAUAACUUUAUACUUGAAAUGUCUGGGGAGAAAGCAAAAUAAAUUCAUGGUCCUAUAAGGUGUCUGGAUAACAAACAGUGGAACAGAGCUUAAGAGUAGGGAAAGGUGGGGAGUUGUGUCACUGUCACUUCAGGGACACCGAGCUUGUUUUGGCAUGUCCUUUCCGCACGGAGGGCAGGGAAAAAGGGCUUUCAUCCUUCUGCCCUCCCUACCCUUGGCCAGCAGAUCAGAACAAAAAGAAUAGGGUGCCCUCUGCCAAUGCUGCCAUGGUGCUGGAGAGGAAGAAAAAUGCCAUGAAACAGUGCGUGUGGUGGUGGUGGUGCUGGUGGACUGUUUCAAUGCCCCCUUGCACAUGUGGAAAUGGGAGGAAGGUGUGUGCACCCAUGGGAAAUACAUAUGUAUAUUUACUACUGAAUGUACAGGGGAAGUACAUGGCUUGUCUGCCUGCAAAGUGAUGCGCUUGAAUAAAUGCCAGAGAGCACAGAAACUUGUGCUGGGGGAUGAAGACGAGAUGUGCAAGGCUGAGACGCAUGUGUACGUACAUGUACGUGUGCCUCUGUGUGUGUGAGAGAGAGAGAUACUAGCACAGGUGCAAAGCUGGAAUAGCCUAGGGUUUUCCAUCCCUGCAGUUGUAGUGACAGCUUUCCUGGUGCACCUAGUAUCAAUAAGGGCGUUUUUUUUCUUUCCAUUGUAUCAUUUUAGAUGCAAGUUAAACUAAAGGAAAGGGAGCAAUGGUAGGAGUGAGAAGGUGAACUCCCCUUUCGAAUGUCUUCUUUCUCCUGAGGUGGGGUAUGGACCGACCUCUCCUGUCCUGAGAGAUAUAGCUAGUCUCUCCUUCUUAUCCUGGAUCUGUCCCAGUGUUUUGAUGACUGUGGCUUGCCAGGGGAAGGGUUGAGAGAGCCCUGUGCUGAGGGCAUGGGGACACUGCUGGGACUGACUCUGAAAGGAGAUGGCAGCCCUGUCUUUCUGAGCCACAUUUCUUGGAGCUGAAAGCCACCUCUCUCACUUUCCUCACUGCACCCUUGUUGCUUUUAUCUUACCUUUCUCUUUUUAAGCCAACAAAAGACCUUUUAUUUCUUUACCUAUUUAUUUUAUUUAUUUUUUAGAGCUGGGGUGGGGGGAGGGUGGGACUUGCCUGUAAAGUCAAAGAGCGUGAGGAGAGGGUGGGCAGGGUUGGUGGGGGGAAUAUUUUCUUAUAUUUCACUGAGGAAAUUAAGGAGGGAAGAGGGGGAGAGUCUUUGUAAUGUCACCCCUUAGUCUUCGGGGUAAGGGAACUUCUUACUCUUUCCCUCUUCUCUCAUUACAAGGACAAAAAGGAAAUGAAAAAAGAAAAAAAAAAAAAAACAAAAAACAAACAAACAAAAAAAGAAACCAAACAAAUUAACAGAGCGAUCUGCAAUCCAGAACACACGGCAGCUUGUCAGAGCCCUCUGACAGCAGCCACCAAGAAGGCGUUCCUUUCAUUUGUAAAUAUUUCUUUUUUAUUGCGUUUUUGUAUAAAUUGGUGUUUCUCUUCUCGUGAAUAUUCAGGUCGUGGGGUGGGAGGGAGGGGAAGUUUGUUUCCGUUCUGUUUGUUUUCUACGACUUUUCAAGCUGCGUUUUUGGAAGCGGUUUACGCGGGUCGAGGCCGUAUGAAUGAGGAAAAAGAGAGAGAGAGAGAGAAACCCAUGUGUGUUGUGUUCCCCCAAGGCCCUCUGUAUUGCCCUGACACCUUUAUCUUCAUGAAUGGAAGACGCCGGAACGUCACUUCAAGCCUUGCCAGCAGGGUUUCAUGUUUUGAUGGGAACACCCCCAAUUCCUUUUUGCAUAUAAACUCUCUGUACCAGCAUCUCUCUGUGGAGUUUGGGCCUCAAGGCACUACGCUGUCUUGAUAGUGGUGGGGUGAACCAUCAAGUUGGCCGCUCAGGUUGGACCAUCACUUUGACACUAAGAGACUUCUCCAAUGCUACUUUGGUUUAGAAAUCUUGGACCUGGGAAAGCUUGUGAUAAUUUCUGGUAUUUCCUAAGGGCUUGGGGGGGAGCUUGACAGCUGGCAAGGGCAGCUAAUCUCUUUGGCGGUUAUCUCGGUACUUUUCCGUCCCUCCCCACCUGGAACGAGGAAACCUGGAGGGUGGCUCUGCAGGGAAAUUAAGCCGAAAACAAACCAAAAAGAAGUUAACGGAACUUUUUUCAAAAUCUCUUCUUAAAGGUUCUGAUUUUUGUGUUCCGGGGUGAAAGUUGGUUCGUAUUUUCUCCGAACUGGUCUGUCCCUUGUUCUACUGAUUGGCAAAUGAUAGUUUGCCAAAAUCAUUAUCUAGUGUUGAUACUGUUGUAGCACUGUUAACACUCCGAGUGCUCUGCAAAUAUUAACUGUGCCACAAACCACUCGAAUGCUCUAGGGCAACCAGAAAAGAAGAACUGGAAAUUCUGGACUGAACCACUGGUCUAACAACAGGAGCCUGGUAUUUUGCCUUCUCCCAUAAUAGAUUAGGCCACGUGUCCAUCAGGUUAAUCUUUUCUCCUAUAAGCUAUCUUUUCUGGUUGCUUUGUUCAUUUUAGUUCUGACAGGUCAACAAGUUUUGGGGCAGAGAUGAAGGGGAAGGGGCGGGAGGGGGGAGGGGUGUAAUUCAUAAUCCAGAAAAUAAAUGGAUAAUGUUAUUAAACUCUGAUUAUAUAUUUAGAAUUUUAGAUUUGGUGUAUUUUCAUUCUAAGUAUUCAAAUGAAUCAAUCAGGUAAUAUUAGCAGCAGGUGUUGUCUAUACUAGAAAACCACUCAUGUGCUGUUUAUUACCUGUCCAGAAAAGAAUGGGAUUUCAUACCAGAUCCUGACAAAACUCCACGUCCCCUCCCUUGCCAUUUCUCUCUCUCUCCUGUAGAAACACCAGUAUUUUCCGGGGCAGUGGCUAGGAACAUUUCCCCUCUUUGAAAGUUUCUGCAUACAAGAAUACUGAGAAAAAACCAUUGUGUCCUCGACAGUUGGUGACCUCUACCCGUUAUUUGCAGCCAGUCUCCUGGGGAAGAUUAGGCAACUUUGGCAAUGUUUCUGACAAUUUACCUCCUCACUCUAGCCCCAGGCAUGGCUCUUUGAGAGGUGUUUUCAUGAGCCAUGUUCUUCUGAAGUGGUGCUGUAGUAUUCGUACUCAGUGAAGGAGGAUGUGUAUGAAGGAGACAGAGGAAGUAUUCAAAAAAUACCAGAAAUGUGCCAUGCACAGUGAAAAGCAGAUGGCAGGUCGAACUUGCAGCCAUGGAUCUCCAUAUCAUAAACCUUCUUGGAGUAGUCACACCAGCUUUUUGCAGUAGAGCAACACAACACAGCCUGGUGUAGUAGUUCUCUGUCUCCCAUCACACCUCCCACUGAGGGCAAUAUCAGAACUUGCCGUUCAUAUCAUAAGUAGGAACGAAAACCUGCAGUCAGGACUUGCUGUCAGUUGAGACAAUGAAGCACACAGGCCCCACCUCCUCAGCAAAAUCCCAUUCCUUUCUCUCUGAAAUCCAGCAUGCGUCAUCAGAAAUCUCCAGGCAAGAACCCCAGUGGGUUCAAAAUGCUCAGCAAUAUGCAAGUUUGAACUUUGCCCGUACUGAUAUUUCAAUUCCAGUGCAUGGGGGAGGAAAGUUCCUUUGUAAAGUCCUAAAGGAUUUGAUGAAGGAGUUAAGAGUUGUCAGGAUGGGCCUCUUUGCUUCUGGCUUCUUUAGCAAUGCAUGCUGACAUUGAGCUCCUCACUCCAAGAAGACACUAGCAUCCAUCUUGAAUAAAGCCCUUUGGUACUUUCAAAUCAGGAUUGUUUCUCACAACAACAUUGCCAGCAAAAGAGAGAGGGGGAGACAGAGAAUGAAUGUGGUGGUGGUGACAGGUUGGAGUGAUCAGAGAUACCUCAGGGAUCUUUAUAGGCAAGUCUUUGCUUUAGAGCUUUCUAUCAAAUGUGGCAUAUCCUCCCACCUCCAUUGCUUAUCAACAGAUGGAAGCAAGACUGGGAACACAGCCAACGAUCAGACUUAGGCCUUUCGCACAUCCUCCACUUCAGUCAAGCAACCUUUGAUGAGCCCUUGCCAUGGAGAAGGGUGGGAGGUUGCACUUCCCCACGUAUUUAUGGUUGCCAAAAAGAAAAGGAAAAGGAGAGGGGACAAAGAUGAGGUGUGUUGAUGAAAGGACUUUGUGCUGACUCUCUGCACCAUCGCUUUAAGGAAUUACUCUUCGCCCUUCUUGUUCAAUCCAUGCUGGCAAAGGGUAGGGUCCAAUUAUGCUGCCUCUCCAUGGCAUAUGCCUGGCUCACCACAGGAGCCCCUGGGAGCCGUGUGCGACAAAGAAACUGGAUUGAUGGCAACAAAUGGGGACGGACACCAAACCACGAUCCCCAUCUGCACCCACUCUUCCCCAUAAGUGCUUCCCUGCUGCUGAACACACCUGGUGUGUCCACCUGGAACACACCUACCAUGCUGCUGGAUGCUGCAGGGCACAUCGAGAUAGUAACUAGCGGGACCCGAUUGUUGUCCCCACAAGGGCUUAUUUUUCAAUUUGCAGCCAAAUAGAUUCGCAAGCCAUAGACCCUCGCUGCAUUCACCCACCUAUCACUUUCCCUGUGACUCCCUCCCUCUUCCUUCCUCCAAGGCAAACUGGGGUGUGACUGUCUCACUGGCAAUAUGAAUAAUAUUGCUUCAUCUUCAUCGCAGGCCUCUGGAACCUCCCUCGGGCUGACUGCAGAAGACUUGGGUGUCUGCCAUUAAGAACGGCAACAAUGGCAACAACAAAAACCAUUUUGCAAUUGGCUUUGAGUCUUUCUUCAUCUUUGAGCAUCCCCAAAUUCUUCUCCUAGCCAUGCCAUUUGAUGAAUUCUGUCACCCUUCUGUCAUUGCUGACACAAAAACUGGCACAGCAUGAAUCUGCUUGUGUAUAGAAAAAGCCAGUGAACCUUCACCUCAGAGAACAGCACUCAUGUCUGCCGGAUACCAGGGGUACGUUCCCUGGGUGCUGGAUGGUAAAAAGAGGAUCUCUGUGAUGCGUUAGUAGUUACAGAUCUUCUUAACCUGCUGGCCUCCUGCCAUAAAGGUUCACAGCAAGCAUCAGUACACACUUCAACAGGUCAGAAAAAAAAUUCCAAGCUGUGGGACAGGGGUUCCUCUGGGCACAGCGCUACACAUACAAGGCAUACUGGGGAAGUUUCAAAUACACUAUGAACAAACUCAGCACAGCAGGAAGCUGUGAGGCUUGUGUGGCUCUAUGUGUGUGCGCAUACACACAGACACACACAGUACAUAUUGCAGUACGCUUUAAUGACUCUGUCCCACAAUGUGUUUUGCCAAGUAGGAACAACGUGACUUUCCUAAUGUUUCCGCUUGGUAGUUAUUUUAAUUUAUGUGCUCACUUUGUGGACUUUUUACAUCAUCUGCUUUCUUGAUUGCAGCAUUACCAUGUAAAUAUGUGUGUAUAUAUGUACAGAAACUAACUCAAGCAAUUAUAUUCAGGUUGGGUAAAAAGGUGGGUUUUAUAUCUGUACCAGUAUUUCCUUAUUAAAUAAUGGCAUGGGGUGGGUUGGGAAAGUUAACUUCUAAAUUGUGGUUUUAUUGGUCUGUGGUGUUUGAAGUUUGUUUCAGUGGUUGCUUUUGCUGGUUCGGAAAGUUUACCUGGAUGUUAUAUGUGUGUGCCAAGAGGGGGUCCCCCAAACAGGGGAGGUUUGGGAUUGGUGAGGGGUGGUGGGUAGCAGAGGGUGUUAAUAAUUUCCUGUAAUAAAAGCCGUGUUGAUUGCUAGGACUGUUGUGUCAGGCACAGGGCUGUUUCCUUCUCUAUGUGCUUUGCUCUUUUAUUACUUUCUCUUCCCUGGUCCCCACUGUCUUCUCCCUGGCACAUCAGCAGAGUACAUUUGUUACUGUGAUUACAGAGAUCUCUCUGUGGGCCUUUCAUCUUCUGACCAGACUCUUCCAAUCUCCCUCUUUUUGUGGCCUUCCCACUACCAGUGGGAGGGAAGCAGCGUGGUCUCAGACCUCUUGCCAUUCUUGACCGUUUGCUUCCUCUGCUUUAGACCCUAUAUAUUCUUCCUCUAAGUAGAAUGUCAUUUGCAGGUGUUUUGGUCUCUCCCGCCAGCUUACUGCCUCAUCUCCGCUGGCUCUUAUCUGCUUACUUCCCAUCUUACACUGAUUUUUUGAUUUCAUUUCUAUGCUUCUUCUCUCAAAAGGACUUAUGCUGCCUAUUUCGCCCAUCUGCUCCUCUAUUACUGUCUGUUGCUCUGUUGUCUUCACCAGACUGGCAAUGCUGUGCAGAAUGAAUGAAGGGCAAAGCCUCUGCUUCUCUCCUGGCAAAAUUCUAGCCCUCACCAGAUGUUUUAGAAGAUAUUUGAUAACUACUUUUGACUUCUCUGUCACUGUCACUGAGGUGGUGUUCUGCUCUUGCCCACUCAAGAAAUAAGAAUUGAUCAGCCUGGCGAAUUAGCCAGUGCAAGGAAGCAGCAGAAUUGCUUUUUUUCUGAGAAAGGCAAGGCAAAUGAUAUCAUUUCCAUCCUUGAUGUCUGACUGGUGAAUUUAGAGCAGGGGCAGAUACAGUUUUAUCCACUUCAGGUUGACCCCUAUCAAGGUCAGUAGAGUUUCUUUGCUUUUUCUCUGUGGGGAAAAAGCAAGGCUGCUGGUGAGAAGUAUGCUAUCUUUUAGAAGCACAGGGCUACCUUCCUUUAUUGCCUAGAGGUCAUUGGAUUGUAAACAUCUACAGGAUGUUCUGCUGUUGCAAACCUGGGAGUGGAUGUCCUGUAUUAUUUGGUCCCUUUCUGUCUGACAAAUCAGUAUAAGCUGGUGCUUGGCACUAACUACCUAGGGUUUGUGGUCUAGUAUCAUGUCUGUAAGGGAGGAAAGUGACAGGGUGUGACAUGGUGAAUAAGCAGUCAGAGCCACUGUGGAACUGGUAGAGGCUCUAGGCAGAUUCCAAGACACCUCCAUCCUUCCCUUUUUGACAGCUUGCAUUGUUUCUUAAUGAACAUUCAUCAAUCCACCAUACUGCACAGCCAUGGCCCUGGCUGCUCACCCCUGAAGACACCUGGGUCUGCUGGUCACAGUCUGAGAACAGGCCGGUCAGCCUCUCAGCGUGAGUGUGUGUGUUGCCAUGUGCCAAGGUCUCUCUCAGGGUUUGAGUGGUACUGUAUGAAAGUGUAUGGGCAGUGCAGAGAGCAAUGGAAGGGGUUAGCAUGACCAAGGGUUAUCCAGGGCGGUAGUCUUCUCCCAGCUGCAGCUAACUUUCGCUCAACCUGCCAUUGCAGGCCUGCAUCCCUGAUUUGUGGGUGGGAGAAACCACUACAGCCACAUGGGAAUGGAGCUCUGCUCAGAGGUGUUGUGAGCAAGGUAGACACCCCUCUCACGUACCCUUGCUGUGACCUUGGCAUGGCUGUCCCAGCAUGGUCCACCGGUGGCCUGUGAACUUUGUGAAUACAUGGCUGCAAAUACCUGUCAGUCUGGGAGGAAGUGAUGUUUUGGAUUUGAGUGACUCCUGCAGCAUUCUAAAUGUAAGUGAGUUGGAAACUGCUGGCCCAUUUGGUGCUACCCCAGGGAUAUGGGCUGGCAAUCCCCUUGGAUGUACGUCCCAUUAGAUUAGAUUUGGACAGAACAGUGAAUUACUUUCUGAGCAUCACCAGGCUCCUUGCUGUGUUCCUUGAUUAUUCAAAUGUUGCCAUAAGCAUGACAUUCUGGCAACAUUUGCAGGGGCAUCCAGAGAGAAUGAUCUAUCAAUCCCAUGAGACUUCUAUCUGGGCCCAUGGGGCAUUGGCUGCUAAGUCCCAUGUCAUCUGAAGAAGGAUUACACUUGUCCCUGACAGACAAAAAUCAGUCAAAGGAUAAGUUUUGUGCUUUCUCCCUCUGCUUUUCUUCCAGGCUUUGGAACCAGAUCCGCUUGACACAGGCAGCUAACUCCUCUGAAAUUCAGCAGCUUUUGGAACAAGCUGUUUAGGGGUUUAGAUGCUAGACUGCCUUUUGUGGAUUCUCUUGCUUGUGUGAGCCUCUUCCUGCAAUGCGUUUUUUCAAGAUUCAUCUCCAGGAACCACCGUGCUUGAACAUAGCUUAGAGGGGUUCCCUCUGCUUGAGAUCACCAUAUGUAUGUUGGCAUGCUGCUGCUACUUGUCUGUGUUUCUUGCACUUGCCUAAUUGUGGGGGGUAGGGUGGUUUCAUAUUGGUAUGUGUAUUUAUGCAGCCUGCACACAUUUGUAUGUGUGGUGCCACAGUCUGUAUGUGUGCCUUAGUGUUGUACACAUGUUUUGAGCUCAGAGAAAAGUGUUUGAAGCUGUAUGCUGCUAAAGCCAGGUGAUGAUACCCAUAGGUACCUUGGCAACCCUUUGUUGACUAUGCUUACCUGGUUGGCCCUGGCACGCUGCUUUGUUUGGACUCUGGGGAACCAGCUCUGAAUCGUGACAAGGCUGGGAUGCAUGAGUCCUCCUGGAGGUGGUUGUGAAUACAGCACAGGAAACCAUUCCAUGCAUUCAUUCACUUCUGUGCUGAACCUGCUGUGCCACAGUUUCAAACCAUUGUGCCAUGCUCAUUGCCUAUUUAUUUCGGGCCUUAACUGGUAGGUGGAGCAGGAAGACAAUCAUGGCAGUGACCAGUAAGGUCUUUUGAGAGAGAUCUGGUCAAUCUGUCCUAUGCUGAAACAAUAGGCUCCUUUGCUUGAUGGACCUGCUGGGGAGGGCCUACAGUGCCAAUCAGCACAGCACUUUAACUGGCCAAACUGCUAAACAAGACAACUGCUGCUGUUCUCUGUCAGCAUCCGGAAAAGACAAUCAGGACCUGAUGAAGAGAGGAAUGCCAUGACAAGUCGCAUGAGGAAGAGCACCACUUGGGGGUCAGGGCCCUCAUUAUCCAAUUGUCUUAAAGUCUGCUUAAACCAGUCCUUUAGCGCUGGUGUCACUGGGCCCUUUGAUAUUUCUUUUUAUUUAUAGUAUAUAAAAUGUACAGAAUAAUCUCGUGGCCUCCAGUGACUUCUUCUAUCAGCACAUCCAUCCACUUCUUCCGCUUUCUUCCAUGUUCAGCUGCUCUUCCCUCUCCAUCAGGUUGUAUCCUGUGCUCUGCCAGGCUUGUCUUUUAUGGAAAAGAAGAUAGAUGUGUGAGUGUGUGUACCCAUAUGUGUGUGUAUUUUAAGUAUUAUUACUAUUAUAACAUGCUAUAUACCUAAAAGCUGCCUAGCAAGCUGGAGCCUUCAAGAGUGCUGUAGGAAACGACCUUCCCACUAGACGGUGUGGUUAGUGCGGAGGUUAGCACAGAAAGCUGCUAGCUUUGGAGGCCUCUCUGCCUGUCUGGUUGCUUUUCUUAUCUUUGGAGCAGGCUCUCUCUCACAUGUGGUCAGAAAUUCGGCAAACUGCUCUUUUUAGCUUUGCUUUUUCAAAAUUUCUAACAUGGGGAGGGAAGGUUUGUUGAUUAGCUGUUGAUUUCUUUCAUACGUUCGUUCGUUUGUUUGUUUACACAGUCCUUUUAGUGGGAGCAGGGAGGUGUUUUCAGCAAUACAACUUUCCGAGACCUCAGUUCUGUGCAGUUAUUGUUUGUAUGGUUCAGCUGUGUUUGGAGUCUUUCCUUUGUAUUGUGGUUUCUUCUGAAUGGCAGGCUAUCUUGAAAAUGUCUCUUUGCCAGUGAGCAAGCACCAUCCUUUGUAAUUGGAGGCGAGGGCUGGUAUAUAGAGGAGGCAGCAGCCUUUUGGGAAGUAGCUUUUCACUGACUUCCCUGUGGAGUCAAACAGAAGGCAAACUAUUUAACCAUUGCACAGGUGGGUUUUGGGGUUUGUUGGUUGUUUUUUUGUUGUUUUGUUUUUUAUUGUUGUUGGUACUCCCUCUCUUUUCCUCCCUUUUUUAAUUUUUCUCUUUUUUCCCUUAAAAAAAUAAUGUUUCUCCAGUAAGCUUUGGCCAUUGCCCCAAAGGCUGCUGUGAGGCACGUAGCAGGCAGGGAGGGUGUCUGACCCCCCAGGUCCUGCCUUCUUAAAGCCAUGCAGGAUUGCCCGGAUGAGAAGCGAGAAAGGCCCUUUUUGGCAGUUUCCCAGCCAUUCCUGGGAUAAGGACCCUCUGGCUGCUGAGGGGCUUGACCCAAAGGAAACAAGCAUCCGCAGGAGAUCAUCCUCUGGCUUGUAUGGGUUGUGGGUCAGGCUGGAAGGUAGGCAGGACAAGAUGGCACACCGACCCCUGCACAGCCCUUUUCAUGCUGGGGCAGGAGCAGGGUGUGUACGUCCAUAAAAGGGACAAAUGACCCUAAACAGGCCAGUAGGUUUCAGCCUCACCUCUCCUGAGCUAUUUUCAAGUGGGUGGGGCUGACCCUUGGCUUGGGAACAUCAUUCAAGGCUGAACAGAGUCUCACAGACCAUGAAGUAGGGGUUAAAGGUGGUAAAUGAGUAUCUGGCCAGCUCGAUGUCAUGACACCUAUGGGAACGCCCAGCACCUUUGGCACCUUCAUUCUUUGGAACUUCAAAGUGGCUGAGAGCAGUAGUGGAGGACUGUCAUGUCUAAUUGGGUUGGGGCAGGUAGCGUCUCUAGAGCUGGCACAGGUCAGCUUCAGCUGUAUUUGCUUUCUAACACUGUACAUUUACUUUUGAGAGUACGUUUGAUGAUCUCAGUCUACCAACCAAAAGAAAACUAAAUACUCACCUCUAGUGUAAGUCUUCUACUGCCCAACACUGCUACCUCCUCUUCUCUUGAGCUGUUGGUAUCUUAUGGUGAACCUGGCCACCCAGCAGGCUGUUGCACACAGCAGAUAUCCUAUCCGCUUCUGAGAUCAUCUUUGCCUAAAUUUUGCCUCCUCCUCAUCCCCUUUAUGUAUGCACAUACAUGUGUGCGCGCACACACACACACACACACACGCCCACCUCCAGCCACUCCGCUGGUGAAAAUCAGAGCCACAGAGACAUGAGGACAUGAGUGCCAAAUGACUUUUUAUUUCUCAAGUAAGUGAUAAAAAUCUUUUGUUCUGUUUCUUUUUCCUUUUUUUUUUUUACAUAUGCAAAUGUAAAAGGGAACCGACAGCGAAUUGGUGGUGGCGAGAGGAAAUGGGAUGUUUUGUAACCCUAGCUGCAGUACAAAAAAAAAAAAAGAAAUAAAAAUACAUUAAAAAUAUUUAAAAAACAUGAAAAGGAAAAAAAAACUUGAACUAUUUUGGAAAUAUUGUGAAUAAUUUUUUGAUAUAAAAAAUAAUUUUUAUGUAGCAUGAAAACCACCAAAAUAAAAUGAUCAAGAAUAAAUUUUGUGCAGAGGGUGUUUUUGUUUAGUUUUUGAGGGAAAAGAAGGAAGAGAGAAGCAAUGAAGUGUGAGAGAAGGAUGCUACUGCUAUACCAUAGCUUUUACUGUGAGUUACACAAUACAUCAUGGUUUUUCUUCAGUCUUGGUAACUGGAGUCUUGUGAUUAUGUUUUUAAAAAAAAAAAAAAAAAACCAAACUCAUUUUAUAUGAAAAGAAAGAUGUUUUUAUCUCUGAUUGCUGUGGAGAAAACCUUAAAAUUAAGAACUGAAUGAAUCCAAAAGACUCAAAAACAAAAGGCAUAUUGGAAAUGACCAUGAAUUGCUUUCGAGUGUUAACAGCAAUCAUGAAUUUUUUCCACUUCAUUUAUGAUUUUUGAGUUGUUGAGGUUGAACUUGAGGUACUUGGAGCAGAGGGUGUUGAAAGAGGUAAAGACAACAUUAAGAAAGGGCUAACAAAGUUCUGGGCUUUGUUAUAUGAGGCGCAGGAGUUAUACCACGGGUCUCUUCACAUUUCCUCCUGAGUAAGGGAACAAGUAGUGUCCUUUGCUGGAUAUAUUGGCACUCAAUCUUCAAUCCUUAAAAAAACCCCAAACCCUUAAAAAAUUACAGGUUUCUUAAAGGAAAUUCCAAUUCCAGACAAAACAGUAAAUCAUCUCAGCACUCCAGUCCCUCUUAGAAAUGACAUUGGUGAUUCUCGUGUUCCCUGAAGGAAGUGGGGAGUCAGUGCUCUUUGUCUCCUUUGGGGACUCUGAUGCUAGAUGCUGGAGAACAAAAUUGUCUUUGAGCAGGUGGUAAUAUCUAUCUCGUCUUGCUGGGGAUCAAGUUGUUGCACCUUCGAAUUGUCAGAGGAUGGGAGAUGCUGGUUUCCGGACUGUCAGCUGGUAGGUUGCUCAAUCUGUUCUGUCUUGAAAAUACUCCCUGUGUCUGAAUGAAUCAGACCUCCUGCAUAUGAAUUUCAUCUUCCCUUCCUCAUGCUCUCAUCUCCCAUGCAAUCAUUAAAACACUGCCCCAUCAGCCAGCAGGGGACCUUCUCUGAUGCUCCUGGUCUUGCUAAAUGUCUUCUACAUCGUAGGCGGGGAGGCACACCAUGUAGCUUAAAAUAUGGGUUCAGCACUGACCAAGAAGAAAGGAAAUCAGUAAAGACUCAAUAUCAGAGUCAAUAUCAGACUAUCAGCUACUUCUCUGGCAGCGUACAGAAAAAGAACCCUGAGCCAGAGCUUUGUCUUCUGCUCAUGUCAAGACAGAGUUGGGUGGAGCGGACAGGGAGAACCUGGAGGCAGCAGUGGUGUAAACCAACUUGACUGGUGGGUUCUUGAAUUCUGAGCACCAGACAGGUGUGAAAGAGGAUCCAUGGGAAUAUUACCUCUUGGUGGAGGAAAGAGAGGGAGAGUCCUUUUAGCAUAAAAGAGACUGAAUGCUGAAGUAACUUCUUGGCUUGUUUAGGUCUGAGUUAGCCUGUGUCUGCCUGUUGCCAAUCCCUACUCCAUGCACUAUAUGGUUUUGCUUUUUUAUUCCUACAGGGAAGAAGAGAGUGACUUUCCUCUGCCUUGUGAAGUUUUUGUCAUUAGUUAUAAACCUAGGGUUUUCCUCCAGUGAGUAUCUAGCUAUUUACCCUUUUUCGUACUUGUUCUGUCUGCUAGUCCCAUUUUCUCACCUUCACCCCUCACCAGGAAGAUUGUCUUAUAUAGGAAGGAACAGUAUACCUCUGUGGACUCCUGUCCUUGCAUGUUAAGAAAAGGGGCCAUUGCUCCCUUAAGGAAAGAAGUCGGCACUGUUCUAUGCCCUUCAAUGAACCAUGAGGGCUGAGAAGUCAUUACAACACAGCUUAUAGUUAUUCCUUACCUUGCUUUUGUCCAGUGACUUGGAUAUUCCAGUUGCCUUCCUUAGAAAGAACAUAGUGUGUUACAUCUGUGAUCAUUGUGGACUAGCUCUGUAUUCCAGGGAGCUGGCAUUUGCUCCCUCAAAGACAAGAAGGAGAAUCACAAGGAACCUUUUAUCUUUAGCCUGGAUAAACACCCUGUGACUGGUGCUCUACCAGCAGACUCCUAUUUAUAUGCAUCCCCUUAGCAGAGUCAGGGAUCAAGGUAGUAGCAGCAGCAAAGGGUAGGAAAAGUGGAAUCAGGGAGAGAGUGAUGUGUGGGUGACCAUGUAAUGUUGUGCUGGUGUGUGGUGUGUACUCAUCAGCUCGAGAAUGUGGUAUAGAAUGAGAGCAUCACUGUAACUUUAUGACUCCAGGUCUUCUUGCUUCUCCAUCUGAGAGGUGGUCUUUCUUUCUCUUCCCUGAGCAGCAGGAUGCCCCAUGGAGGACAUGGGUUGGGGGACGGGGCAAGGGUCUGAGCACCUGCAGGUGCAGCUUCAGUCCUAAAAGUGAUAAAAGGAGAAGUCACAAUGAAAACCUCAGCUCCAGAGGCUUUGCCUUUCUUCAGCAAAAGUCAGAGGAAUGAAUGUAGAGGAGAAGAAUAGAUAACUUUAACACACAGGGUGUUAGGAUGAGGAAAAACAUGGACUGGAAAUAUGGAUCUGGGUGGAAUACAUUUUAAAAGCAACUCCCUUGAAGUGGAGGGAUACAGCUAAAGCAGAAACUUGGUAAAUGCUCUGAAAAUUUAGACUUCGAAGCAUAAUGUCUCACUCGAACUGGGGCUUUGGUCAUGCGUUAUGCUAGCUGGAAGUUAAGCCAGGGGCCAUUCUUCUACUCCAACCUCCAUGCUUACCUUCCCUUCCCUGGAGUGAAGCUCUCUUUCCUUAGAGCCAAAGUGUUUAAUGGCGAAAUAAAACAGCUUGCAUUUUGCCCACCUUGCCUCUGCACCUCACUGCUCAGAUCUCAGGUCUUUCAAAGUAGACAUUCAACCAGGCCAAGGAGGGCAGAAGUUCUUCCAGUACAGGUGUACAGUGAGGGCAGGAGACUGGAGGUUUUGAGCACACAAGCCCUAGAUGAUCUCCUUGAAACACCUCUGUGUCUUUGUUAACGUAUGUGCUUCUCAGUUUGUUUCCUGCCACAGGUGAUUUGCAUCGUCCAUCAGGAAGCCAAUAUUCUGUCAGUGAAGAAAAACUUGUCAAUGUGGCUUUUCAACAUUUGAACAAGAAACUAGGAUUGUAGUUACAGAGAAGGCAUCUGCAAAGAUGCAUAACUCAUACCUGAGUGUAUAAGCUGAUAUUCUUCAUCUCUUGGAGCAAACGAUUUCAAGGCUCCUCUUUGGUCUCCCACACACAGGGACUUUUCCAAGUGAUAAAUGCACUUCCACUGGUUCUGGUGGCCCUUUUGUUCACACAGAUUCUCAUUUUUCAGCUCCAGGAACUAAACCUUGUUGUGCUAAGACACAGGUGAAAAUAUCCCAUUUGGGGCUAAAGAGAGUUAGUUGUAAUGAAAGGCACUUCUAGUUUUGCAGCUUCAUGUUGCUUAGGCACUAACCAUUCAGACUUCCUCCCCAAGCUCUCUCUGUACUGAAGCGGCAGCCCAGUUUUCUGUCCCUGCCGACCUUCCGCUUCUCUAUAUGCAGAGAGUACAGGCUUCAUGGCCGCUUUCUUAUCUGAGGCGUUAGAUUAAAACUGGAGAAGAAUGUCGUUUUGGACCUGUCGCUGUGGCUCUCUGAUUAGUUAUCCUCGCUGAGGAGGCAAGAGACCGAGGCCUGUCAGCCACAAGGUUAAGCUUUGGGUAAGUGAUCGCCCUUCAGCUGUGGGUUGCUGCUGCACUGUUAGCAGGGGGGACGUGCACUGGAAUGCUAAGUGACUAAACCACGCACUGGCUGCGCUUUGAAGGCUGGUGUGCGAGUAGACUCGUAUCUAAGCAGAAAAGAAGGGAUUGGUUUUCUCCUUGUAUAUUUCCCCUGCUCCCAAGGGAAAAUCUCCUGAAAAAGGGGAAAUGGAAGGUUCUUCCCUCUCUGGAAACUCAGACUACUGCUUCUGUGCACAGUAUUAUUUUGCAGUGGUAGAAUAAGGCAGAUCUUUGACUGGUCCCCAGACACAGGUGCUGGGUGUGUUUCUGAGGCAAUAGCACAGUUUCUCCUACAAGGGGCAGGGCCACUUUCUCUGCCAUCUCGGAAGAGGGACAUGAGUCCUUGGAUGGGACUUGAGUCCAGAGUCUCAGGCAUUUGGUGCUUGCAUGGCUCUGUUCAAGUCACCUUACUACCCCUGGAUAUCCUGGAUAGUGGGGGGUGCCUGGGUGCCGGCAGCGCUGAUUGGGAAGAAAUAAUAAGAUAAUGUUCAUGCCAUGUUUGCAACAAGUAGGGAAAGCCUUUUAGAAGCACCUGAGAGAUUUAUUAAAAUAAACUCCAUCUCAUUGAAAGCCAAUAGUGCUUAGCUGCUCGGGUGCUUUUAGAAAUUUCCACUAUGAAAGCUAAGAAUGUUUAUUCUUUUAAAAAACCUCUUUAUGAAGGGGCUGGUGUAUUUAAUAGAUGAGCUCUUCUGAGCCUAAAAUAUUGCAAUGGUAUACUCAACUAGCAGCUACUCCUAAAGGAUGCCUUGGGUUGAGCUGAGGAUACGAAGCUACCUUCAGAGGGCGCAAGAACUGCCUCCUUUAUAGCAGCUGCCACAGAGGGGGAAGUAGACAGCACACUGGGCAGGAUUUUGUCAGAAAGGUAUGCUUGGAGAUGCACAUUGAAUGCAAGCAGUGGCUGGUGGCUUCAGGGGUAAUUUUGUGUUGGUCAAAAUGCCUCUAGCUCUCCUAACAACACUGUUGCUGUGGAGUUGGACAGUGUCAAUAUCAGUUAUUAACCUGGGAAUUAGGGAGUAAAGUGAAGCUUUGCAAGCAGGGUGAAACCUUGACUUAAAAUUGAUCAAAACCAUUCAGGUCCUGUUUUCCAGAAAGCUUUGUCCAUUCAAUGCUUCACACUGCCAUAGUUCUUACUUCAAAGAGUUUGCAAUUAUAAUGCUAAACUGAAAUAUGUUAAUAUUACAUUUACAUUAACAAGUAAAUUGACAGAUGCCAUAGUUUACGUAUAUUAUGCAAAUAUCCUGAGAUCUCGCAUGCAUUUGCAUCUACAUUUCUUAAGAUUAAAUGAGAUGUACACUUCAUAGGAGAAAUAAUUGAGGCAUCAAGACAUAUGAUAAGCUGGGUGACUUGAUAUGGCUUGUGGUAUGAACUGUGGCAGAGCCAAAGAGUAGAGGAAGAGGACAUCUGGCAUUUUCAUGUAUGAAAAUAUUGUGUUCAUGGUUGCUCUUUAGGGAAAGCAGUGCAGAAAUCUCUCUGAGACGUGUCAGAAGUAGUGCAGGAAGCUUGUGCUGGGAGACAUGAUUUGACAUCUUGCAACCUCAACCCAAAGUCCAGUCAUAGUCUCAGCCUGUUGGGGUAUUUUUGAGAUUUGAGAAAGAAAUACUCCCCUCUUUGCAGCACUGUACAAAUAUCCCCCAGCUGAGCUUCCCCCACCUGGUAAGGGAUGAGAAUUUCCUGUGCAGGCAGGGAAACAGCAAGGAGGCAAGCCGGUGAUCCGCAUAGGAGCAGGCAGUCAGACCCCAGACUUGCCUGUCAGCACUUCACUACCUGGCAAGAUGUCUUCUUCUUAUUGUUACCCCUCUGGAGGUCAUGAAGGAUGAUAGGUAUUUUCAAAGCUAUGCCCAGGGCAAUCAGCUUCUGUUUCAGGUGAGUUUGAUGAGAAGUCUUGCUAUUCUGACAAUGCUCUGGUUUUCUAGCUUCAUUUCAAUUCUUCCAUUGGGCAGAGCCUUGAGGAUGCUGUACCUCAUCCCAGCCUUGGAUAAAGAGAACCCAAACCAUAAACUGUGGUAAUUUUCUAUGUAAAUUUUUAAUUACAUCUACUUUUACAGAUAGCAUGAGGAAGUGCUCUCUGAUCCAGAGAGGUGCUGGGCUGUACAGGCUCUCUCAGGAUGCAUGCAGUGCAUAGGGCUCAGCCUCUGCUGCCACUCUGAUCUGACUUUCUCUGAGGCUCUACUAGGAUUCAAAAUACAACCCAUUUCUUUUCCUUGGAAACUUGCACAUCAAGGUCUUAGUGUGCUCCUCACAAGUAGUCUUGAGCAUCCCUCUGCCACUUUUGUCAGGCUGCUAGAAACUUUCAGCUUUUACAGGAAGGCUGUCAAAACAUUGUAUAGAAAACAGUUUCCAUCUUCAGUUCCACUAGUGUGCACUAACACCUCAGGCUGUCACAUUGGAGAGGCUUCAUCAAGAACGUCUUUGUACCGUGCAAAGUGUUCAUCCAACUUGGCAUCUCUUGAUGAAGUUCAUCCAAGACUCUGUUGGAGUAGUGACUGAACUUCCUGGCCAGCUUCUUCUAGAGCUUUGCUUCCAAAUCUUGCAGGAUGCUUUGAAGUGCAAACAAACAUGUAGCUGGACAGGAGCUAACCUAGCUUCCUUUUGUCUUCAAAAGGCUAGGAUGAUAAAAACAGUUUUUCUGGGGUUACAGUUCUGCUUAGUUCAAGUUCCAGCCUCAUAAUUACUCCAAAAUGUUAGGUCUGUCUUGCCAGUACCCCUUUAAAUUAUGCAUAGACUCCUGCUUACAGAGUCACUGCCACUAUUCAAAUAUUCAAUGGUUCCUUACAUUUAAUUUUGGAUGGUUUAUUAUCUCCAGGGAGGAGACAAUGUUUUAAAAAAAGAAAUCUUGCUGAUGAAAAGAAGUAGAGCUUACAUUGACUCUGCAGCAAACAGUUAAUUUGAGUUCUCAAGAACAUGCAUGUCUUGGACAUCAAAUUUAUACUUAUUUGCAUUUCAAGGGCACAUGUGACAUACAACAUUGCCUUCUCAUCCAGUAACACGAUCUAAACUUAAUGGUUAAUGUCAAGUUUUUAUUAACAUUUACAAGUGCAUUGAGAGAUUAAUUUGUUUACUUGCAUUAUGCAAAACUGAUUUAAGAUCAUGGCUUGCAUUUACACACAUUUACAUAGUGUUUCCUGAUUAAUACAUUAUAAUACACACAAAUCACGUGUAAAUUGCAGGCUCACAUCUGGCAACAGAAACUUCAUUUUGUUGGCAGUGUAAUAAUUGACUCGUCUGGCAGAACUUUUCCAGCAGGUUGCCACUUGAAGUCAGAAUAUGGCAGGGAGGGAAGGAGGAACAGGGAUCAGAGGCUGAUUUUCUGUGAAGUCUUUCCUUAUCAUGUGUUACUUGCCAAUACCCUGCAGACAUGAAACAGAAGAAGAGGAUGCCAAGGAGAGCUGGCAACAAGUUUCAUGUUCAUGCUGUGGCCCUAGGUCAGGCUCCUGUGAACACGCAGUUUGGUUACAUGCUCAGUGGCUUUAGGCUUGGAGGCAGUGGGUGAGCAGCAAAAGGAGCCAGUGAAAGGAAAGGGCCAACAACCAUUGCUGCCAGUCAUGGCCUGGUUAACCUUCCUCAGGAAGAGGCCCAGCUGGUACAGCAGAGACCCUCAAGACACUCUGCUCUGCUCCCUGUGGUGCCUUUGGCUGGGGAUGUUCAGGCUGGCUGAUUGGCACAGGAGGACCAGUGGAGGAUAGAGGAGAAGGGCAGCAAUGACCAUCGAGCACCUGGUGUGGGGCUGAGACGGGACCCAGAAAUGCAGCACCCUUGCACUGAACACGAGGGCAAGGGGACGCUGUGGACACUUCCCCAGUGUAGCAUCUUCCUAAGGGAAAGAGCGGUCGAACUCAGGCUUGCCUCAUCUUUUCCAGGCCCUAAUCCUACUAUCUUUUCACCACCAGUCAUGACCUCAUCCUCCUCUUCCCUACAACCUCACCCCCCUUCGGUUCUUCUUUCUGUAAAUAUCUCUUCCUGAUUUUGGACAAGCAGGGAUCAACAGAUUCUGGAAGGGGGUGGGGAAGAUACUUGUUUCAUUUUGGUUUUCAACUUUCUCUCUUGAAUUUUGGUGUUUGAACUUAAAAAGAUAGUAUAUAUAAAUAUACAAAUAUAUAUAUUUAAGCAAAUGGAUUUCCUGGAGAGCUGUGAACGGAGUUGAUUUUUUUCUCCUAUGAUUUCUCUUGUUUCUCAUUAGGGUUUGUUUUCUGGGGAUGAAGGUUUUUGUGAACUGUUGAGAUUUCCAAUUCAGCCCUGUUUAAAGGAUGUGGAGGGGGGGGGAAAAAAAAAAAGAAGAAAAAUCACAAAACCACAAAAACCUUUGUGAUGUACAAAACCUGUAAAUAGUCAAAGAUACUUUCUCUUUUCUAACAACAAAUUAUUUCUGUCACUUUAUAUUCAAAAAUAAAGAAACCACAGAAUA